ACAUCUUUGAAAAUUGGAUAAUGCUUUUAUUUUUAAUAAUAUUAACAGCAAAUACAAUUAUAAUGAGAUAUUCAUUAGAAAAGCAAACGAAAUUUUAAUAUUUUUAUAAGAAAAAACUAAGAGAAUAUAAAAAUUAAAGUUCUAAUAUUUUAGCUUUGCUUUUACCUGAAUUUGUAUAAGAAGAAGUAAAUUAAUGUGAAGGAUAAUAUUUAAUAGAAAAAUCAUCAGAAAGUGUAUAUAUAUUAUUUUGUGAUAUAUUUUAAUUCGAUUAAAUACUUUAAUAUGAAAAAGAAAGUAUUAUUUUACUAUUAGAUAAAUUAUUUAGAAAUUUUGAUUCUUUAUGUAAACAAUAUAAUAUUCAAAAAAUAGAAACAGUAGGUAAAACCUACAUGGCUUGUGGAGGUUUGAAAGAUAUCGAAAAAAACCCUUAAAGUCUUCCUUAAAGAAUUAUCUAAUUAGCAAUAGAUAUGCUUUUAGUUGCAAGUUAAAUAUCUUGGUCUUAAGAUUCCGGCAUAAUGAUAAAAAUAGGUAUUAAUGUAGGACCUGUAAUUGCAGGAGUUAUAGGUUUACACAAACCAUAAUUUUCUUUAAUUGGUGAUACAGUAAAUACAGCAUCUAGGAUAUGUGCCCAUUGUUAAGAAGGUAAAAUAAGUAUUUCUGAAUAAGUUUAUGAAAAUGUAAAAAGUAUAUGCCUUCCAGAAUGGAGAUUUGAAUCUGUCUAAUUUGAAGCAAAAGGAAAAGGUAUUUUAUAAUGUUUUUAUAUUUUGUAUAAAUUCUUUUUACCAACUACUAAAAGAUCUGAUCUUACAGAUAAUUAUAAAAAUUUACCUAUUUUAAUUGCUGAUAUAGCAGGCUUUACUAGCUAUUCGAAUUCAGUGUCUCCUAGUUAAGUAGUAAAGAUGGUUUCUAAACUUUUCAUUAAGUUUGAUUAAUUGUGUAAAAUUCAUAAUGUGUUUAAAUUAUAUACUAUUGGAGAUUGCUAUAUGGUAUUAGGAUUUAAUGACAAAGGUAAAAGGGAUGAAGUAAUUGAAGCAUAUAAUACUGUGGAAAUGGCAUUUACUAUGAUAAAAAUAAUUCAAGAAGUAAAAAAAGAAAUUGAUUUUGAACAACUAAAUAUGAGAAUAGGAUUACAUAUAGGUGAUAUUAUUGGUGGCGUUAUUGGUACUGAUAUAGUUAGGUAUGAUAUAUAUGGAAAAGAUGUGGUAAUUGCAAAUAAAAUGGAAAGUAAUUCAGAACCAGGAAAGAUUAGAGUAAGUGAAAACUUUAAAAAUAUUUUGGAAAGUAAUUUUAAGCAUAUUUAUUGUUUUGAUGAUGAAAAAUUAGUAAAUUGUGUAUCUAUUGAUAGUUUUGUAUAAUCUUGGAUUGUAAGUAAAAAAGAUGAUUUUUGA